AUGCUCCUUCGAAACCUAACCCAAUUAAGAGAACUACACCUUGAUUGGUUGAAUAUCUCUUCACCUUUACCUCAUGCGUUGCUAAAUCUAUCUUCUUUGACAUCUCUUAGUCUUGUUGAUUGUCAACUGCGUGGGAAAUUCUCAGAAAACAUUUUUCACCUUUCAAACCUACAAGAGCUCAACGUACGGGAAAAUUGGGACCUCACAGGUAAACUUCCAUACUUCAAUGUGACUAGUUCCCUUCAGGUUCUUGAUCUCUCUGGAGUAAGUUUUUCUGGCCAAUUGCCUGAAUCAAUCAGCAAUCUUAAAGCCUUGAAUAGUUUGUACCUCGUCCAAUGCAACUUUUCGGGGUCCAUUCCAGCUUCUCUUUGGAACCUUACACAAAUCACCGAUCUAGACUUCGGGUAUAACAGUUUCGGUGGUCAAAUCCCCUCAUCAAUUUCAAACCUUGCAAAGCUUACUAACUUGGGUCUUUCUGGAACCAAUUUGAACGGUCAAAUACCGGAUUUCGUUGGCAACAUGAGCCAGCUUACUUACUUGGAUCUUUUCGGAAACAAUUUGAACUGUCAAAUACCGGAUUCCCUUGGCAACAUGAGCCAACUUACUUACUUAGGUCUUUCUGGAAACAAUUUGAAUGGCCAAAUACCGGAUUCCCUUGGCAACAUGAGCCAACUAACUUCUCUCCUUUUGAGUUUUAACUCACUCAAUGGGAUAAUACCAUCUUCGAUGUUUGCUCUGCCUUCACUGGUUCGAAUAGGAUUGAGUAACAAUAAGCUACAGGGACCAAUUCCAGGACUUUCAUCAAAUAACUUAAAUGGUGUACUGGAUCUAGAUAAGCUUCUAAAGCUUAAAAAUCUGAUCUAUCUUGAUCUCUCAUAUAAUGGUCUCUCAUUGAGCAUCAACAACAGUGUCAACUCUACCUUGACCAACUUGGAAACUAUACGAUUAGCUUCUUGCAACUUGAGCGAAUUCCCAAACUUCUUGAGAGAACAAGCCAGAUUGUAUUCACUAGACCUUUUAAACAAAAAAAUUCACGGUGAAGUUCCAAAAUGGUUAUUCAAUGUGGGGAAAGAUUCAUUGCAAAAUUUAAAUCUUUCUCAUAAUUUCUUUACAAGUUUAAAGUGUCUUCCAUGGCAGAAUCUACAAUAUAUUGGCCUGCACUCCAACUUACUCCGAGGACCACUCCCUGUUCCACCUAACACCACAUAUGUUUUCUCUAUCUCAAACAAUAAAUUGACCGGAGAAAUCCCUACAUUGAUUUGCAAUCUGAGCUCACUUGAAAUUCUUGAUCUGUCUAAUAACAAUUUGAGCGGGUUGAUUCCACAAUGUUUGGGAAACUUCAGCAACAGCCUCUCGGUGCUGAAUUUAGGGAUCAAUAGCUUUCAUGGCACGUUUACUGCAACAUUUACCAAAGGCAACGUGCUAAGGAAUCUUCACUUGAAUGGCAACCAAAUUGAAGGACAAGUUCCGCGAUCAUUGCUCAAUUUUAGACACUUGGAAGUUCUAGAUCUUGGAAAAAAGAAGAUAAAUGAUACAUUCCCCCACUGGUUGGGAACUCUUCGAAACUUGCAGGUUAUUGUCUUGAGAUUUAAUAUGUUUCAUGGUCCCAUAGUCACCUUCAAGACCAAGGGCAAACAUCCUUUCCCCAAGUUGAGAAUUAUCGACAUAUCCUAUAAUGAGUUCACUAGGCUUUUGCUGACAAACUAUAUCAAACAAUUUGAAGCUAUGAUGAAUGCAAAUGAACAUGAAAUGAAAUUGAAAUACAUGGGUGAAUAUUAUUAUCAAGAUUCUGUGGUGGUAAUGAUGAAAGGACAUGAAAUUAAAUAUUCAAGAAUCUUAACAGUCUUCUCAAUCAUUGAUUUUUCAAGAAACAAAUUCCAAGGAGACAUUCCGAAAUCCAUUGGGAGGCUUAAUUCACUUCAUGGUCUUAACUUAUCCCAUAACAACCUCAAAGGUCACAUCCCAACUUUACUUGGAAAUUUAACGAACCUUGAAUCAUUGGACCUUUCCUCAAACGAGCUUGUUGGGGAGAUUCCUCAGCAAUUGACAAGUUUGAAGUUUCUUGUCGUACUAAACCUAUCGGAUAACCAACUAGUGGGACAAAUUCCUCAAGGAAGCCAAUUUAAUACAUUUGGGAAUGAUUUAUACAAUAGGAACUUGGCCUUGUGUGGAUUCCCCUUAUCAAAGAAAUGUGAGGAACAACAACCAUUGCCACCUCCACCAACACUACAACAUGAUGAAAAUUCAGAUUGGAAGGGCGGAUUUAACUGGAAAGUUGUUGUUAUGGGGUAUGGAUGUGGCUUUGUAUUUGGAAUGGUUAUGGGAUAUCUUAUGUUAGUAACUCGAAGUCCAGAAUGGCUGAUGAAAAUUGUUAAAGGAAAACCAUAUAAGAAGGUGAAAAGGUCCAAGAAGAGUGCCCACUGAUGCAGUAAAGGAAGAAAUCAGCAAAAAACAAAUGGCGUCAUUUAGGAAGCUGCAGAAAUCAAGGAUGAAGCUGUUGAAAAGGAUGAUGUUCAAGAGGUUGAUACCGAUGUCACCUUAGAGACUAAUACAGUUGUCAA